GGAUAGUGUGUGCAUAUGCCUCUGUUCGCAGUAUGAAAGAGAGAGAUUGCAAAGCAGAAAGAGAGAAGAAGAAAGGAACAUAUCAGAAGCUUCCUAUAGACAGCGUUUGACCAGAAAUAGAAAUUGCUGAGGUUCUGUGUGAAAUUUGGGGGACAAUAGUAAUUUCUUCAUUUCACUGCUGUGAGAGAUGCCAUCUAGCUGUUUAUUCUACCUAUUCAUAGCCAUUGGAGCAAAUUCUAUACAUGCUACUUCUAGAAACCCUGAUUUUGGAUAUGGUGUGAUGUGUCCUCUUGGCUAUUUCCCUUGUGGGAAUAUCACUAAGUGUUUGCCUCAGUUUCUACACUGCAAUGGACAAGAUGACUGUGGGAAUCAAGCAGAUGAAGAAAACUGUGGUGAUAACAAUGGAUGGUCUCAGCAGCUGGAUAAAUAUUUUGCAGUUUACAAUGAAAGGAUGUCUCAAUAUGCCUUUGAACUGAAAACCUACGAAUGUUUGGUUGAUUCUGUUCCAACAGAAUGUCUCUGCCGAGGACUAGAGCUUGAUUGUGAUGAUGCCAAUUUGAGUGCAAUCCCUUCAGUUUCUUCAAAUAUUACUAUGAUGUCCCUGAAAAGAAAUCUUCUGAAAAAGCUUGCUGACAACUGUUUCAAGAAAUAUCAGGAUCUUAAAAAAUUGUAUCUUCAAGAUAAUGAAAUAAGUUUUGUGUCAGGAUAUGCUUUCAGAGGUCUUUACAAUCUGACAAAGCUAUACCUAAGUCACAACAACAUAACUUACCUGAAACCUCGUGUCUUUGAAGAUUUACAUAAACUUGAAUGGCUAAUAAUUGAAAAUAAUAAGAUCAAAUGCAUCUUUCCACUAACCUUUUAUGGGCUCAACUCACUUAUUCUCUUAGUUUUGAUGAAUAAUGCUCUUGAACAGUUGCCCGAUGAACACCUUUGUCAGCAUAUGCCAAGGCUGCAAUGGUUGGACUUUGAAGGCAACAAAAUCCAUCAUUUAAAUAAUGCCACUUUCAUCUCCUGCAGCAGCUUAACUGUCCUUGUUUUGAGAAGAAAUGAAAUCAACUCUCUCAAUGAAAAUAGCUUCUCUCAUCUUCACAGAUUAGCAGAAUUAGACUUGGCUAGCAACAAGAUUGAAUCAUUUCCUCCGUAUCUAUUUAAGGACCUGAAGGAGCUCUCACAACUAAAUCUUUCAUGCAAUCCAGUACAGAAAAUACAAGUAGAUCAGUUCGAUUAUCUUGCAAAACUCAACUCUCUUAGCCUAGAGGGUAUUGAAAUUACAACUAUCCAUAGAAGAAUGUUCAGUCCUCUUAGAAAUCUCUCCCAUAUAUAUUUUAAAAAAUUCCAGUAUUGUGGCUAUGCCCCUCAUGUACGCAGUUGUAAACCAAAUACUGAUGGAAUCUCUUCCUUCGAGAACUUGUUGGCCAGCAUUAUACAGAGAGUAUUUGUUUGGGUUGUGUCUGCUGUCACUUGCUUUGGAAACAUCUUUGUCAUCUGCAUGAGGCCUUAUAUUCGAUCAGAGAAUAAACUUCACACCAUGUCAAUAGUGUCUCUCUGCUGUGCAGACUGCCUUAUGGGCAUAUACUUAUUUGUAAUUGGAGCCUUUGACCUGAAGUAUCGUGGAGAAUACAAUAGACACGCUCAGUUAUGGAUGGACAGUAUUCAGUGCCAGCUGGUGGGAUCUUUGGCCAUUUUGUCCACAGAAGUGUCAGUUUUAUUAUUAACCUAUCUGACGCUAGAAAAAUACAUCUGCAUUGUUUACCCAUUUAGAUGCUUAAAGCGAGGAAGAUACAGGACAAUUUCUAUUUUGUUUCUCAUCUGGAUUAUAGGAUUUGUGAUUGCUUUCAUUCCACUGAGCAAUAAGGACUUUUUCCAAAAUUACUAUGGCACUAAUGGUGUCUGUUUCCCUCUCCACUCUGAGCAACCAGAAAGCACUGGAGGUAAAAUCUAUUCUGUUGUAAUUUUUCUAGGUGUUAAUUUGACAGCAUUCAUCAUCAUCGUGUUCUCCUAUGGAAGCAUGUUUUACAGUGUUCAUCAGACAGCCAUUACUGCUACUGAAAUCCGGAAUCAUGUGAAGAAAGAGAUGACGCUUGCCAAACGAUUUUUUUUCAUCGUAUUUACUGAUGCACUGUGUUGGAUUCCCAUAUUUAUACUAAAAUUGCUUUCCUUACUUCAAGUAGAAAUUCCAGGUUCCAUAACUUCCUGGGUAGUGAUUUUUAUAUUACCAAUCAACAGUGCCUUGAACCCUCUUCUUUACACACUGACUACAAGGCCUUUUAAGGAAACGAUUAAUCAAGUUUGGCAUAAUUACAAAAAAAGAUCCUCUGGAAGAAAGAACAGCCAGAAAAUGUUUAAGGCAUCAUUUAUCUGGGUAGAAAUGUGGCCCAUACAAGAAACAUUAUCUGAGUUAACAAAACCUGCUCUUUAUACAGACUUUUCAGAAGGAUCAGUUACUAUACAUACAUCAACCAUGAAUCCAUACACAUAAAAUGAAUGCAUGUGUUUUGCUGUGACCUAUUUGCACGUUCGGCAUUAUUUUUAUUUAUUUAUUUAUUUAUUUAUUAUUCUAGGGUUAUUUUUUUCUAGGGUUUUUUUUAAAAUUUUUCUAGGGUUAUUGCCAUUUACACAGUGAAACAAGAAGCACCCCAAUUCAAAUUGUGGAAUUAACAUUUCAGCAGAACAAAAUACAACACUGACUCACCACAGUAUACAUCUAUGAACGACUAUUGUGAGCAUUAGCCAUAAAAACUGGAGGAGAAGGGGCAACCAUGGUGGUUUAUGGUGAUUUGAGGAUGAUGGGUCCAAGAAAUGUUUUGUAUUUUGACAAAUGUUUAAGUCGCAAGGUUUAUUGUAAUAGAAGGUCAGAGUGUAUGAACAAAAUCUUUGGCAGUUUUUUUGGUGAUUGAAAUUUAAAUAAGCAAGCUGAAAGGACAGAUUAGUGAAUGUUUACAUACAGAAAAGUGUUAUUCCCAUGGAUUGCAAAUAAAUUUCCCAGUCCUGCAAUACUGUGAAUGGAACCUAAAGGGCUGGCAGAAAGGCUUUGUGAUCCAUGGUUCCCACCUCUGUCUGCAGCACUAUACCACAUAUUGUUCUAGAGGGUCCCCCAACUUUCCAGAUCGGCUUUGGGGUAUUGAAGGGGCUACAGGAGAAAUUUCCCAACUGGGAAAUUCAAUAAACACAACUUUAAUCAUGUUUCUUGUAGCCAACCUGGUGUUUUUAUAUGUGAUUAUUGUAGUGUUCCAUUUGACUUUACAGUUGCAGCAUGAAGAACUGUAUCAGCAUAGCAACCUGAUGAUCAAAUGGCCUUUUUGAUUUGGAGAAAGGUUUUAUAAAUGCUUGCAUUUGACUUAAUAGAAAAUAGUAUGGCUUGCACUUUGAUGUUUACAUAUUUUGGGAAUAUCUUGAACUCCUGGAUGUAAAUAGAACCAUUGUUGGGUAUUCAAUUACUGUUGUGUUUGUAAAUAAAGUACAGCCUGCUAAACUA